GUUAAAAAAGGAGCUGACUUGUACGCCGUCCACCUGGCCGACGCGACGGUCGACGACACGCCAAAGGACAUUGACACACUUUGUGCCAGUGUCCCUGCCGAGCUCGCCGCGCUGAUUCGACAGUACUCGGAUAUUUUUCCGGACGAUCUGCCAGCAGGAUUGCCACCCGAGCGCCCCCAGGACCACAAAAUUGACCUGGAACCCGGCGCGCAGCCUACAGUCAGGACCCAGUGGCGGCUGACUCAGCCGGAGCUCACGGAGUUGCGCAGCCAACUGGACUACCUCUUGGAGAAGGGGUUCAUUCGGCCCAGCACCUCCCCGUUCGCAGCACCCAUCCUGUUCACGCCCAAAAAAGACGGCGGGCUGCGAAUGUGCAUCGACUACAGGGCGCUAAAUCGACGAACAAUCAAGUCCCGCUACCCAAUCCCACGCGCGGACGAUCUUCUCUAUCAACUUCGCGGAGCUCGCUUCUUCUCGAAAAUCGACUUACGCGGUGGUUACCAUCAGAUCCGAGUCUUCGCUGACGACUGCCACAAGACGGCGUUCCGAACCCGCUAUGGCAGCUACGAGUACACAGUGAUGCCGUUUGGCCUCACGAACGCGCCCUCCACUUUCCAACUCACCAUGAACGGCGUAUUCCGAGACCUGCUCGACAAGUGUGUCAUCGUCUAUCUUGAUGACAUUCUGAUCUACAGCAAGACACAGGAACAGCACCUCAAGGACCUUGAGCAAGUUUUCCGGCGGCUGCAAGAAAACCGCUCAUCACGAAGGGCUCCAACCGGUACUGACCGCAUCUGGGUUCCCGCCUACAAACUCCUCCGCGAAUUACUUAUUCAAGAAGUCCACGAUUCUAACCUCUCCGGUCAUUUUGGGGUUGAUAAAACCCAGAAGUUACUUCACCGUUUUUAUUAUUGGCCUGAUUCGGCGCCUGAUGUGCAGAGAUACGUAUCCGCGUGCCCGAUCUGCCAACGAAUGAAGUCUUCCCGACGGCGGCCAGCUGGACUGCUGCAACCGCUCGAGCCACCCCAGCGACCAUGGCAACAUGUGACGAUGGACUUUGUCACGGGGCUCCCAGCCGCCGCCACGAGCAACGACGCCGUCCUGGUCGUCGUCGAUCGUCUGACGAAGAUGGCACACUUCGCACCCUGUCGCACAACAAUCACAGCCGAAGAUACAGCGAAGCUUUUCAUCUCCACCGUUGUUCGCCUGCACGGCAUACCCUCAGCGAUCAUCAGCGACCGCGACCCAAAAUUUACGUCCAAGUUCUGGCAUGAGACAUGGGGGCAAUACGGCACACGCCUCCAGUUUUCCUCCGCCUACCAUCCUCAAACCGACGGACAGACAGAGCGAACCAAUCAAAUUAUGGAGCAGCUGAUACGCACCAACUGCCCGGAUCCUGCCCGGUGGGAAGAAUUCCUGCCCAUGCUGGAAUUUUCGUACAACAAUGCCCCAUCCGCCACGACUAAUCACUCGUCGUUUUUUCUAAACUACGGCAUGGAUCCGACAGUCCCGACGACUACCAACAUCGACAACCCAGUGCCACGUUCCCAGCAGUUCGUGAACAGUUUGCAGGCGGCCCGCGAAAAAGCGAUCGAAUUCAUUCGCAAGUCCAACACAACCGCCCGCCGCUACACAGAUCUUCAUCGCCGCGAUAUCACCAUGGCUGCAGGGCAACUAGUCCUUCUCGACACAAAGAACCUUAGCCUGCCCCUGCCUUCAAAACUUCGCCCGCGAUUCUGUGCACCUUUUCGUAUUGUCAAGAUGCCCUCCGGGCUCGUCGGCUAGCUAGAGCACUCGCUAUAUAAUGCU